GGUCAUUGUUUACAUUCAUGAUCAUGGAAAACAUGUCGAUUCCUGACUAUCAGUGGAUAUCGUAAACCUCAUUCAGACACAAGAUGUCCUGUGUACAGUAGGAUUUCCAGAACACGGCACUUCCUGUACAGCAUCCCAGAGGAAGUCAGAAAUAGGAAUGCCAAUUACAAUAUAGAAAUGAGUGAACAAAACCCACCAGAUGAGGAGGAUUCCGGUUAUACCAGUAAAAACCGGACUGAGAGUCUGCCUACAACUGGUUCUGUACCAGAUAUAUCAGCGGUGGAACUCUCAUCUCAGUCUUCAGAAAAUCACAUCAAUGUCAAACAAGAUGAAAAUGAUUCAGAAAACAAAAAGCUGAAGGAGGGGGAAAAUUCUGGGCCACAGGGUCUUGACGAGUCAGUGAUAGCAGGAAGUACCCAGUCAAGAUUCCCAACAACCCCUCAAACUUCAAAUGCAGAAUUAUCUCCCCUUAUGACAUCAACACCAGUACGAGCAGGUACACCUAAAGAAAAGGAUGUUCAGAACACAAAAGGAAAGGAAGGUACCACCAACAAAAUGAAAAGGCCAUCAGGUCUGGAAAACACAGAACUGGAGGGGAAAGACCAGAGAAUUCGGGAUAAAACUGCUCCCAAUGAGGAGGAGGGAAAAGACCUGAGCAACCCAGGACAAAAUUCUCCUAUUGACAAUGAAGAAAAAAACCUGGGCAUUUCGGGACGAAAUUCUCCUAACAAGGAAGAGAAAAAUCAGGACACUUCAAAACAAAAUUUUCAAAGUAAGGAGGCCAAGGAUCCUGAAACUCUAAAUAAGAGUCUUCCCAGUAAUGAGAAGAAGAAAGAGCGAACCAUUGCAGGACAAAGUCCAUCCAUUCAUCAGAAAAAAGGCCAGGGUGCUUUAGAAAAAGUUCUUCCUAGUGAAAAGGAGAAAGACAGACCUCCUAAUAUAAUGGCAGCCAGAGCUUUAAAACCCAAAAUGCCCAAAGGAAGCAAAUGGUCAACAGCACUCAAAUUGCAGGAGCCUAAACGGACUAAAAAACAAUCAUCACCCUUGUGGAAAAUUUUUCUGGGAUCCUUGGGGUCCUCUAUCAUCAACAUUGAAGACACGGGGUCUGCAGUUGAUUCUGUCAUUAAAAAACCUACAACAUCACCACUGGCAAAAAGUAGUUCUCCAAAGAAUAGUCCAAGCAGUAGUGAGACAGCAGAAGUAUCAAAAGCAGAGAGCACAGAGGAAACCAGUCCUACCGAAGAAACAGAACAAAGUGAAAGUGUUACAGAAGCACCCAGUCCUACCAAAGAAACGGAACAAAGUGAAAGUGUUACAGAGAGCGAGGAAGCACCCAGUCCUACCGAAGAAACAGAACAAAGUGAAAGUGUUACAGAGAGCACAGAGGCACCCAGUCCUACUGAAGAAACAGAACAAAGUGAAAGUGUUACAGAGAGCACAGAGGCACCCAGUCCUACCGAAGAAACAGAACAAAGUGAAAGUGUUACAGAAACACCCAGUCCUACCGAAGAAACAGAACAAAGUGAAAGUGUUACAGAGAGCACAGAGGCACCCAGUCCUACCGAAGAAACAGAACAAAGUGAAAGUGUUAUAGAAGCACCCAGUCCUAUCACAGAAACAGAACAAAGUGAAAAUGUGACAGAAGCACCCAGUCCUACCACAGAAACAGAACAAAGUGAAAGUGUUAUAGAAGCGCCCAGUCCUACCACAGAAACAGAACGAAGUGAAAGUGUUACAGAGAGCGAGGAAGCACCCAGUCCUUCCGAAGAAAUGGAACAAAGUGAAAGUGUUACAGAAGCUCCCAGUCCUACCACAGAAACAGAACGAAGUGAAAGUGUUUUAGAGACUGCAACAGUUAAGGAGACUGGGAAUUUAGAAGAUACAGAGAAAGAAACAAAUGAAACAGAUCCUCUUGUUAUUGAGAUUAGGAAUGAGGAAAAAACUGAAUCCUCUACAGAAAUUCCAGAUCCAGAAACCAAUGACAGACCCUUGAAAACAGAUGAUAAUGCAUACCUGGAAACAUCUUCAACAUCUGAACCAGGUAAAGAAAUCAUUGAAGAAAUAGCAUAUGAAGUUCCAGAGGAAUUGAAGAAGUACAUUGACUCAGCAACUGCUGAAUGGCAAGAUCCCAAAACCAGGAAAGUGAUUUUUCAAACUGCAGUUCAAAAUCACUAUAUUGACUCCGGAACAAAGUUUGAAACACCCGACACCUGCAUGUGGAAACCCCCAAAAGAUUUAUUGAUAGCAACAUACACAAAAAGAGAUAGUUUGAAAACUGGGGCAGUACAUGCACCAGCUGAAAAUUUGGCAGUACCUAAAGGAGAUUUGUGGAAAACUAUGAUAAAACAAAGUGCCGAAGAAGGAGUUCCAGUCAGUGUUGUUGAAAACAGGAAGCCUAGUAGACCAGAAACAGGUUAUCUGAGGAGACGAUCUUCAGCAUCUGUGGGCUCAUUUAGUGGUAGCGUUGAUCCAGAAUUGAUAAGUAGCAAAAUUGGGCAGGGGAAGUGUCAUUCUACUCUCAUUCUUCCAGAAAUAGAGAAAGGUGAAGCUGAUAUUGUGUUUUCUAGGAGAAGAAAAUCCGAUUUAGGCUUCUGCAAGCAUUACACUAUGACACCCUCCAAACUGGCAUUGGAAGACUCCAUGCUUCACAGACGAUACAAGUCUUUGCCAGAUUUAAAUGAAGGGAAACCAGAGAGAGAUACUAAGCUUAAAGAAGGAAACAAUACUGAGGGGGAGAAAUCUCAACAAAACUCUGAACACGAAGCACACAGAGAAAAAAUACCACCUGAUGUAGAGCAGAAAGGGUCUCCUCUGAUGAUCAACAAGCAUGUGACAGAAGACCAUGAGCGCGAUAGUGUUUCAUCAGACGAACCACAAAACCAGGGGAGCAAACACAAAAUUGAUAUCACUGAUACCAUUGAUGCAGAAAAUGCCAACAAAUCUCCAUCCCCAAAUUUGGAAUUGGAAGCAAUCACAACAAUGCUGAAAGAGAAACUUGAUGAGCAGUCUGCUGCACUCAAGAGACAAAAUCUGGUGACUGGAAUCCUGCUGCAGUCUCUGAAUCGGGGCAAAUUGUUAGAUGAUGAAACCUUCAAAUCACUAUGUGGUGGUGACAUCAUUGACUUAGAAAAUGUAACUCUAAAAAACAUUGCCAUGGUUGAACGAAAUGAGGAAAAUGAAGAAAUGGUGACCGAAAACAACAAAAGUGAAAGCAAUGAAAAAUCGCCACCUAUUACACCACAGAGUCACAGAAAUGUGGAUCCCUCCUCACCAUCAGAAGUACUGAAAAGAAAACUAGAAAAAGAAAUCGAAGAUAAAGUGUUCGCAGAGAAAAAUGCCAGAUCCAUCCCUAGUAGAGGAUACAAAAGUGGAGCUGAUCUCAAUGUCACUGCAGAGAAUGACAUAUGCCAAUAUACAGAUACCAGUUCUGAAACAGAAGAGAAACAGGAAAUGAAUGUGAUUGGAGAUCUCUAUCCUAGUGCCACCAUUCUCCAAUCUGCUACUGAAAUGUCCAAUAACCAGGAAUUAGAGAUACCAAUACCAAGUGGCUUAGUUUAUGACAAGUGUUUCACGGGAAGCAGAAGAUUUUCAGGGAUGUCUUCAGGGAAAUCACACCCGAAUAUGGAUGACUGUGAUGAAGAAAUUAUCUCUCAUUACACUCAUGAGGGCUCUAGUUCAAAGCUGUUGCAGAGAAGGUCAAGUGACCACAGUAUUUAUGAAAUGGGUAGUAACUUGCAAUUAUGCAACUUGAUUGCACAACCAUCAAAGGAAAAUUUGGAGCAGGAAGAUCCUGUCAAAGAAAUUGAUGUAGAACCUGCUGUUGUGAUGUCUUGUCUGAAAGAUCCCAAAGUAGGUGUAGUGAAAGAUGUCCGAUUCGAGAACAGCCUUCUGUACCUAGAGAGCCCAGUCUUCCCAGAAAGUGCUGCUUCAUCUGUUGUGACUUUUCCACACAGAGAUAGCUUGUUAAUCACUGAUAAUCCCAGCUAUUCGGCUCUGCUGGAGAAUGUAAUAGAGUUCCAACAUGAGUCAGAAGAGAAUUUGCAGCUCCCACUCAAAAGAGCGUCUUCUGUGUGGGACUUUCUGAAGUUGCUGUACACUAGAGAUCCAGAAUUUGUGAGACAGUCCUUGGACCGUGCAGAAUGUGGAGACAAAACAGUCGAACAGCUUCUGAGUUUGUUCUCUGAUGCUGAUAAUGAAGACACCAAUGUUGAUGAUGUGUCAGAGUCGCCCAGGAAACGCAGUCUCCCCUCUGUGAGCCCCAGAAGUAUGACCCCAGAGGCCCGCAGUUGGCUCAUGGAAAAGGAAGUCCUGGAAAACCAGACUCGAAAGUUACAAUUGGAGGUCUCCUCACUUCACGCAGAGAACAAUGCCAUCAAAGAGAGGCUGAACAGAGCCCAGGGUACAGUAGAAAGUCUGGAAGACGAAAUCGCAAACAAGAACGAGGAAGUGGAAACUGCCCAUUUAACCCUGCAGCAACAAACGAUAGAGGUUGAGAAUAAAGUCAAAGAGGAGAUGUCGAGAGAAAAUGACCGCCUUCAGUCGCAGAAUCAGAGUCUGCAUCAAGAAAAUGAAGAUCUCAAGACGGAGGUAUCAGCACUAGAGCAACGUUUGGAUGCAGCAGAGCGAGCCAACAGCCAGAUUAAGCUGAGUGUAGAAAAAACAAAAACAUUGGAGGCCUCAAAAAUGGAAAUCUUAACAUUAAAAGAAGAAGUUGGUAGAGUGAAAGCUCUUUUGGAACAAAGUGAAAAUCACCUCCAUGAAGAGGAAGUCAGAAGUAAAGAGCUGAGUCAGCAAGUGUUACGACUGACAGAAAUGAAGAACCUCCUCCAGCAGCAGAUUGACAAAGGAGGGGGCGGGACAACAUCUGAUAAACAGAUCAAGUCUUUGGAGAAGCGUCUAAAGAUCACAGAGGAGCGGCUCCAUCAGGAGCGGGCGGACCGAGCUAACAACCUCUCAGAAGUGGAGGACAAACUACUGACAGAAAAUGCCAGAUUACAGGCUGUGGAAAAAGAGCUCAACAGGCAGUUACAAAGAGAAAAAGACAAAAAUCGCAAUCUGGAUAACAAGGUCAAAGACACACGAGAGGAAGUUGAAAAGCUCCGAUUGGCUCUCCCAUUUGAUGAGUCGACUCUGACAUCAGGGAAAAGGGAGGAAUACGACAUUCCAUACAGUAUACACAGCAACCAGCGACAUGAAAACAAAAAGACACCAGAUUAUAAAUAUGUUUUGGGGCAAGUGGAGCAACAAUCUGGCCUUACCAGUGGUCAAGAGAAAGAGGUCAUAUGUCACCUCUGGAGUACAAGGGAGACAACUUAUCAGCAAUUACGCCAUUUACAAUUCAUUCUUCAAGAUUUAAAACUCCCAGACAAUGAUUUAACUGCGGGUUUGAAGCAACUGCGAGACCUAAAGAGUCAGUAUGAAGAUAGGCUUCAGCAUUGUGAGGAAAAAGUGCAAGAUUCACAGUCACAGCUGGCAACGUUUGAAACGACAUACAAAGAACAACUGAAUGCCCUAGUGAAGGAGAAGCAUGAAUUUUUCGCCCGUCUAAAGACAACAGAAGACCUACUGGAGGCCCUUAAAGGGGAGAAUGAGAUCCUUAAAUCUAACAUCACAGGAUCCGUAGGUCCUUACAGCAGCAGUAACAGAGACAGUCAGAUAGAAGCCCUGAAUAUUGAGAUAAAGAAUUUGGAGAACAAAACUCACCACCUGAAGACAAGUAACCAGAUCCUGGAGGGAGAGGUGAAUACCCUGAGGGUUCAACUGGAGGCCAAAGAGAAGGCACUGGAGGAUGCCCAGACUGAGGCGCACCUGGCUACAAGUCGACUCGGCAACACAGAGGCCAUCGAGCGCAGGCAGCAGAGGAUUGACAAACUGACCGCAGAGAUUCAAAACCUCCAAACUGAGAUGAGAGUCUUGUCAGAGAAAAACAACUCCUUAAUCACUGAAAAGAAACACAGCGACAGCGAUUUAUCUAACUGUCAGAGGGAGAUCAAUAUGUUAAAAUCACGCCAGAAAGACAGCAAAGCAGUAGAUUUGACAGAUAACAAGUUUGUGCAAUCAUUAAAAGAGGAACUUCAGCAGAAAGACAUGCAGCUGAGUCAAACCACACGUGAGUUACAGACUCUGGAGAGCGAGCUACAACACACACGGCAUACCAUGUACAGCGAGCAGGCUCACAUGGCAAAUCUACAAGCUCAGGUGGACAGUUUGAAGAAUAGAUUGGAGGAGAAAAACUCAAUACUGGACACAAUAAGCAGAACGAACUCAGACUCACAAUCUCAUGAUAACUCAUUAAAGGAGACACUUGAGUCCAUGUCUCAAGAACUCGCACUGGUUCAGGCCCAUAACAAGACUUUGGAUUCAGAAGUCAAUCGAGAGAGAACUCGAUGUGAGAUGCUUCAGGAGGAUUUGUCUAGAGCCGGUGGUCGGACUGAUUCCAGAGAACAGUCAAGCCUGGAGCUUCAAGUCAAGCAGCUGGAGGAGGAACGGAAAAGGCUUCAAGAGCAACUCGUAGAGGCAGGCAGAAAUGGUGAGGAGCUGACACAGAAUAUGAUUGACACACAAUCUGAAUCUCAGAGGCUUCAACAAGAUCUCAGCUCAGAACAGGCCAAGCUGCUUCACAUGUCAGCUCAAAAGGGUGAGCUGGAACAACAUCUAGAGGAGAUAGCAGAGGAACAUGAUGCCCUCAUUCAGGAGAAGUCUCAGAGCGAAGAAGACCUUGUUAAAUUGGAGAAAAAACUGCAGGAGAUAGUGCAAAUGUUCGAGAUGGAUGCCCUCCGCCAGCAAAACAACUUCCAGACUCACUACAGCGAUAUUCCUCCCGAGCUCAGGAAGAUGGCUAGUGAGCUUGACACUAUUAGAACAAUGCUGGAUUCAAAGAAUGGAGAACUAGAAAUGCUUCAAGACAAGCUAUCACGACAGAAUAUGGAGACCGAAUUCCUACAGAGACGUGUAGAGUUACUGCAGAGUGAGAACCAUUGUAACCGUGAGGACAUUGCUCGUCUGACUGGAGAACUAGCUAACAAGAUAAAAGAGACUGGUUCCUUAAGAGAAGUGAACCAGUUAUUAUUGAGGGAGCGGAAUAAAAUCCAGAGACAGAGAGAAACUGAGGAGAAAGAAAAGAUGUGGGAGAAAACUCACAAUGAGAAAUAUAGAAAGGAGGUGUCAGACAUCAUACACAAGUUAGAAGAGGAAAAGAAAUUUUCCUCAAGAAAUGAGAUGGAGGAGCUGAAGACAACCAAUCAAAGACUAGAUAUUUUGUCAUCGGAACACGAGAAAGCCCUCAAUAGUCUGAAUGUUGAAAAACAGGCUACAGCACAACUCAAAGCUGAUCUUCAGAAGUGCCAGAGGGAGUGUGAGGAUUUUAGAGGCCAACUCCACGUAACAACAUUAGAGUUAGAAACAGCCAAAGCACAGCUUACAGCUCGUGAUGAAACUAUCGAAAGUCUGAAACAAGACAAAGGGGCGUUCUAUCAAGAGUAUGACAGUAUGUGUCGGCGCCUCACAGAAAAAGAUGAGAAGAUUGAAAAUCUUCGACAGAAGUGUGACAAAACAGUGGAGACAUUGAGACAGGAGUUCUCACAGGAAAAGCUGAACCUCGAGCAGGAGCGCACCUCAACAGAGAGUGACCUAGAUAAAGCCAAGGAGACCAAUGACUUCUUAAAUGAAGAGGUCAAACAGAAGGAUGCUCAACUGGUUACAUUUGGAAGAACACUUCAUGAGCUGGAAGAUCUCACAAAGCAGAAGCAUGAGUUGGAACACCAGGUGGAAAAACUAGAAUUUGACUGUAGCUCUCUCAAACAGCUACUGCAGAAUAGUGAAAGAGAAGUCGAGGCUCACCAAAGCACGAUUAACAGAAUGCAGGAAAUCCAUGCCAAACUUCAGGUGGAUAAGACCAGACUGACAGACCAACUCAAGGAGGAGAAAGCUUCCUCCACACGUGAGAUUCAAGCACUGAUGAAAACCAUGUCAGAUGAGAAGUCUCACCAUGAAGGAGAGAAGGCCUACCUCAAAGAGAAUCUGUCACAAACCCAGUCCAAACUGCAGGCAUUGGAGUCCACCCUAGCAUCAGCCAUUGAAUCGCGUGACAAAUUCCACAUGACCAAUCGGAUGCUUGAGCACUCAUUGGAGGAGACCAAGGGGAAACUGCAAGAGGAAAGCACAUGUUACCGAGUCAGUGAGAAAAAGACAGAGACCCUGCAGAGUCAGCUCAAUGACAGUCGCAGGGAGAGGUUUCUGACAGAGGACAAGCUCAACCAAUGUCAGACCAGUAUGGUCAAACUAGAAAAGGAGUUACGGGCAGAGAAAGAUCAGGGUCAGGAACUGGGGGAGCGGAUCCUGGAGUUAGAGGCACUGUCAGCCACCCAGCAGUCAGCACUGAAAUCCAAACAGGAACAACUGGAUGUGCUGCAGAGCGAGAUAGGCAAGCUGAGGCAGAUCAUCGAUGGUCAGAAGCAACAACUCGGAGGAAAACUGAAGAAGUCGGCUCAUGAGUUCAAACAACAGCUGGACCUGGUAGAAAUGGAGAAGGAACAAUUGUCAAAGCAAAAUCAGCAAUUAACAUUUGACCUGGAAAAAGCAAGAGAAACAAUUCAGAACAAAAACAAGGACAAUCUGAAGCUCCAAGAGGACAUCCUCGGGUUGGAAGACCAGAUCAGAGAGAGGUCCUCGAAGCUAAGGAAAGUGGAGGAUAACUUGAAAGUCGAAGAGGAGAUACAGACCAAGCUGGCCUCAAGAUACCAGGAACAGGAGGACGAAGUCAAGCGGCUGAAAAUCUUCCUGACAAAGAAGGCAGAGGAAGCUACAGAUGCGGAUAAAUCCAUGUGGCAGGACAUGUCGAAAGUGAUUCAGGACAUGAGUCUGAAAAUGCAGCAACACUUUGAGGGAAGCAAAGAGCGGGAAAACCAGAGGGAGCAGGACCUCAAACUCAUCAAGAAGUACAAGAAGCAGGUGCGGGACCUCGAAACGGACCUCAACACGGAGAAAGCAGUCCACACCAUUACCAAGUCCUCACUACAGGCCCUGGAGGAGGAUUGUCAGAGGCUGAGGAAACAGUUCAUGGCCUCCAGGAGGAGGGGCCAGUCCUCCACUGAAAAGCCGUCAAAGUCACGUAUGGAGGCAAUCAAUGAGAUAAUAGCUCGUUCUCAGACCCAGGCUCAGAACAUGCUGGCAGCUGGAGGCUAUUUUGACGAGACACUACGCAGUAUCACCACUCCGCGGGGAGGGGAUUACAAUAAUCAUAACAAUGACGGGUCCCCCGACACUUCUAUAGCCAGUGACUUUUCCUUCAACAGUGUCCCUGCAGUCAUCAUGACAACCUAUCCCUCACAAGCUAAAUCCCCUCGCAAAUAGUUUUCAACUUCCCAUUAUCGUACUGUCUGUUGGGUUUAUUUAGAAAUUUAGAAGUAUGUAUUUUUUACAAGAUUUUUUUUUUUGGUCAAAUUUUUAUAUUGUUCUGGGGUAUUUAUUUAUGAAAGUCAAGAAAUUUUGUAUUUUUUGCACUACUUUUUAAAAUUAUAUUUCUUAUGGGCAAAAGGUCAGUUUCAGAUAAAAAUAUUGUCCAUUUCAGAAGUCGAGCUGAGGACAAGUUUAAACUAGAACGUGCAAUACUUUACUAAGCAUUCCCAUUUUUUCAACGUGUAAAAUACAUGUUUAUGUUUACAUUAAAAUGACUAGCUGCCGUCCAUUUCUAGUAUUGUUUUGUUGUUGAAUUUCCUUUAUGUGAUAGAUUAAUGUUAUGUUUAUUGGGGUCAAGGAGUACAUUUUUAAAGCUAGUUUUAUUUUUGCUUGUAUUCUUGCAUUCCUAACAAAACUUUUAUACAUGACUUAGAAAAUGUAUCCUGAAGUAGUCCUUAAUAUAGAAGAGUACUAUGUCUGUACCCAGAAGAGGUUGUUUAGUUAGAAAAGUACUAUAUUUGUUAAUUUACUGCUGGGUAUUCCUCGGUGAAAUGUCAUGAUUUUUUAUCCGUCCUAAAUUAUUUAUAAUCUAAUGAGUGCUGAUUGAAUUCUAACAUAAACUGACACAAUUUUUGUUUCUCAGUUUAUCAGAUAAUAUAUUACGUCUCAGUAAUGCAGCUAUAAAGUUCUGGAAUACAAACUUCAAGAAAACGGGGUUAAAUUUAUUGAUAGGGAUUGCAAUAUCAGAUAGUGGCAAUUAUGAUCUAUUUGGGGUGUUUUCUUUGUGUUCAGAUUUCUUUUUUUCUGUCUGUAGCUCUAGUAUCUAUCUAAUGAAGGUGUUCGCCAUCACGAUAUUGAUAAAAUGUGUUCUCUGCAGGUAAUUCAAGGCUUCAAGAGGGGAAUAGCAGCCAAAAUCAAAACAUAACCUACCAUUACUUGCCAUUUCACAUUCUCCAUCACUCCAUCAUUUGACUUUCUUUGGUACUUAUGUCUUCCAGUCAUUUAGUUGCAGGUACACAUGCCUUUGAAGUGUUAUUUUUUUCUCAUUAUUUUUAAUAGUCAUUAAGUGUCUUAAAUAUUUUUUAUGAGACGAGUCAGCUGAUUAAAGUCAGCUCUAUACCUUUCACAUUUCUACCCUCAAUCCUCACAAGAAAUGCAUUUUGCUUUGGUUAGGAUUUCAUUUUAUAUAUAAUAUACACUGUUAAUCUAUAUUUACACAAUAAAUGUUACUUGCAAUAUUUACUAA